GUCAGUUGAAGGCUGUGAUGAUUUCGUGAGAGCUGGAGCUAGGUUGAGAUGAAACCAACCAAUUCUGGUUGCCAUGACGAGCUCGAUCUCUUGGCAAGUCUCUCCUGCAUUCUGAAGACGUUGUGUUUCGAGUUUCCUGUUCCAACUACUGUAGAGCAUCCUGUUGGUGAGCCCUCUCACAGUGAAGAUACACCCGAUGGUUCCCAAGAGUCAGAGAGAAAGAGGAAGAGAAAGCUGUUUGUCAACGCUGUUACUCUGUCCUAAUUCUCACUAAAUUCUGAAAGAAGCUUUCUGCAGAGCCUGAGUUUCCGGUGCUUGCCAGAUUUAAUCAACAGGCAUGGCAGAAGCUCACCAGGCUGUGGCCUUUCAGUUCACAGUCACCCCAGAUGGGAUCGACUUGCGCCUGAGCCAUGAGGCGCUGAAACAAGUCUACCUGUCCGGCCUGCGUUCAUGGAAGAAGAGAAUUCGACGGUACAGGAAUGGUAUCCUGACUGGUGUUUACCCAGCCAGUCCCUCCAGUUGGAUCUUUGUGGUAGUAGCAGUGAUUGCGACCAUGUAUGCAAGGGUUGACCCCUCCCUAGGGAUGAUCGACAGGAUCAGGGAUCAUCUGCCCACCAAUGGUUACCUGUCCAACCAAAGUGAGAGUAUUCUGAGUGGGCUACUCUUUGGCACAGGGCUGUGGGUUGCCCUCGUCUUCACUAUGCGUCAGACUCUCAAGCUGCUCCUGUCCUACCAUGGCUGGAUGUUUAUUGAGCACGGCAAACCUUCUCCCAGUGUGAAAAUCUGGAUGUUGUUGGUGAAGAUUUUCUCUGGCCGCAAGCCGCUGACGUACAGCUUCCAGACCUCACUUCCUCGGUUACCAGUACCUUCCAUCAAGGACACCAUGAAGAGGUACCUAGAGUCAGUGCAUCCACUUCUGGAUGAUGAGCAGUUCAAGCGAAUGCAGGCUCUGGCACAAGACUUUGAACGGAAGGUGGGUCCAAGACUUCAGUGGUACCUGAAGCUGAAAUCCUGGUGGGCCACCAACUAUGUCAGUGACUGGUGGGAGGAGUAUGUCUACUUGCGAGGCCGAGGACCCAUCAUGGUGAACAGCAAUUACUACGCUAUGGAUUAUCUGUACAUUAUUCCAACGUGGAAGCAGGCAGCUCGAGCUGGGAACACCAUCCAUGCCAUGUUACUGUACCGGCGUAAACUUGAUCGGGAGGAAAUUCGCCCUCUAAUGGGUCAAAGUGCAAUCCCCAUGUGCUCCUAUCAGUACGAACGUAUGUUCAAUUCAAAUCGUAUUCCGGGUUUAGAGACAGACACACUCCAGCACCUGAAGGACAGCAAGCACAUUGCCGUCUACCACAAAGGCCGUUACUUCAAGGUCUGGCUCUACCACAGUGGGAGGCUGCUCAAACCCUGUGAGAUCCAAUUCCAGAUGCAGAAGAUCCUGGAUGACCAGUCACUGCCCCAGCCUGGAGAGGAGAAACUGGCAGCUCUGACUGCUGGUGACAGGAUCCCCUGGGCAAAAGCUCGUAGCUCCUUCUUCAGCCAGGGGAGGAACAAGCUGUCAUUGGAGACCAUCGAGAAAGCAGCUUUCUUUGUAACCCUGGAUGACACCGAGCAGGGGUUCAGGAAAGAGGAUCCAGUGGUUUCACUUGAUAAAUACGCAAAGUCUUUGCUUCAUGGCAAGUGCUAUGACAGGUGGUUCGAUAAAUCUUUAAGUUUUAUUAUUUUUAAGAACGGUAAAAUUGGUCUGAAUGCUGAACACUCGUGGGCGGACGCACCCAUCAUUGGUCAUUUGUGGGAGUCCAUCUUGGCCACUGACCAGUUCCAGUUGGGAUACACGGAGGAAGGGAAUUGUAAAGGAGAACCCAGUUCUGGGAUUCCCCCACCCCAGCGACUGCAGUGGGAGAUCAGUGAGCAGUGUCAAGAGGUCAUCAUGCAGUCUCUGAGUGUUGCUCAGCAGCUUGCUGACGAUGUGGACUUCCACUCCUUCCCAUUUGACAACUUUGGCAAGGGUCUCAUCAAGAGGUGCCGCAUCAGCCCUGAUGCCUUUAUUCAGAUGGCACUACAGCUGGCACAUUACCGGGACAAAGGUACAUUCUGUCUAACAUACGAAGCCUCGAUGACUCGCCUGUUUAGAGAGGGUCGGACAGAGACUGUCCGUUCCUGCAGUACUCAGGCCACCAAGUUCGUACUGGCCAUGACGGACACCACCCAGACAAGCGAACAGAAGCUGAAGUUUUUCAAACAGGCAGCGGAGAAACACCAGAGUUUGUACCGUCACGCCAUGACUGGCGCUGGUAUCGAUCGCCACCUCUUCUGUCUUUAUGUGGUGUCCAAAUACCUGGGUGUAGAGUCUCCAUUUCUGAAAGAAGUACUGUCAGAGCCCUGGAAGCUGUCCACUAGCCAGACCCCACACCAGCUGCUUGAUCUUGUGGAUCUCAACAGGUUUCCAGAGUACGUGUCCAGUGGAGGGGGCUUUGGGCCGGUUGCUGAUGAUGGUUAUGGGGUCUCGUACAUUAUGGUUGGAGAAAAUCUCAUCAAUAUGCACAUCUCAUGUAAAUUCUCCAGUCCUGAGACGGAUUCUCAUCGGUUUGGUAAACACUUCCGACAGGCCAUGCUCGACAUUCUCACCCUGUUCAACUUGGAUAAGAGGCCCAGCAAGUAACAUCAGCUGGAAUCAAUGCAGUGAAGGGCCAGACCCUGCGACUUCUCCCACUGGUUAGGAUGAUGAGCAUCAUUCUAAACAGUGACAAAUUUACAGCUUCCCCAGGAUCCCUGACCCAUCUUUCUGUGGCUGAGUGUUUCUGUGUGUUUGACAACUGCUGGACUGAUCUCAGGUUCAGAGAGUGGCAGUCCUGCCUUGUUUCGGGGCAACUGCUACAAACAGUAUCUGAAGCCUCAGCCCAGGAUUAUUGCACAGGGUAAGGGAGCUGCUGUAAAUUAUUGUUUUUUUCCCCCACCCCUCCCCUCCAUCAAGAUGAUUAAAGAGAACUUCCUCAUCUUUUUAAUAAUUGUCUGUCUCUGAAUCGGUGCUCAGGAUAUAACUUGGAAUAUUAAUAAACCUCACGGCCUGCAGAGGGCACCAUUGGAUCACAGAUGACAGUACUUGAUGCUCACUAUGUUGGGAGUUUGUACAGAAUGGGUCUGAUUUAGGAGCAGGAGUUAACCUGCCCUCCCCAGACACCAACAUGAAGGAGCAUUGAUUUGAUGUAGUUUUUGUACAAAGAUUGAAUUAAAUAACAAAGUACUACAGGCGAUCUUGGCUGUUUAGUGAUUCAACAUGUAUAUACUGUAUCACCAAUAAAGAACUGGGAGACCAUUGCUCACUGCUCCAUA